AUUCGAGGCAAUUAGCCGUCUCCACGCGAAGUCAAUCCAUCAGUCGCUUCAUCUCGUUCCCCUCGAGUUUGCAUUCAUCUGCGACGAUUCGUAGUUGCCAACAGGCGUCGACGUCAAUUUCAUUCAUCUGAUCAUUUUAGUCGUUAAGCACGCGAACUUCAGUUCAGGUCCCGAACAGCGUUCCCACGACGACAAUGGCAACACGAGAAUGUGAUAGGAAAGUGACAGUCGAGAAGGUGACAGAUGUUUAUGGCCUCUCCGAAGGCCCUCAUUGGGACCAUCGUACUCAAAAGUUGUACUUCGUCGACAUAAACAAUCAGUAUAUACGUAGGCUAGAUCCUGCAACAGGUGUUGUCACCAGCGCAUACAUAGAACAUGGACCUGUUGGAGUAGUUGUACCUGUGGAUGAUACUACUGACCAACUGUUGGCAGGUUCAGGAAAAGAUGUUAUUCUUGUUACAUGGGAUGGAGACAGUGAUGAGUCAGAGGUACCAAUCAAGGUGCUGACUUCAUUGGAUUCUCCUCAGUCUAAUACGAGAGCUAAUGAUGGAAAGGUGGAUUCGGCUGGAAGAUUUUGGAUUGGUACUAUGGGUAAUGAGGUUAAUGGAGAGAUACCUUCUAAUCAAGGAACAUUAUAUUCCAUUGGCGAGGAUCUCAAGCCCAAGACAGAGAUAUCGCCUGUUUCAAUAAGCAAUGGAUUAGCAUGGAAUAUGAAAGAUAACACUUUUUAUUAUAAUGACUCGCCUACUCGUCAGGUCGCAGCAUACGAUUAUAAUCCGAAUAAUGGGACAAUAUCUAACAAGAGAAUUGUUUUCGACCUUAACAAGACUGAUCUCAAAGGAGUACCCGAUGGAAUGACUAUAGAUGCGGAUGGUAAUCUUUGGGUAGCGCUAUUUGGUGGACAUCAUAUCAUUCACGUGGAUCCGAAAACAGGACAGAUAUUAUGCAAAGUUAAACUACCAGCUGAAAACGUAACCAGUGCUACGUUUGGCGGUCCGCUUCUCGAUACUUUGUACGUGACCACGUCAAGCUAUAAUUUAAGUGCGAAACAACGAAAAGCGACUCCUCACGCCGGUGCUGUAUUCGCGGUAAAGGGCUUAGGAGUUCGUGGAAGUCUCGCGAAUUCGUUUGUGAUGAUGGAUUAAAAAAGAGAUUGUUAAUCAAAAAAGCACAUUAUAGUUUUUACAAAAAUUUAUAAGAAGUACACUUGCACUUAUAAAAAUUUAAUCUAAAAGCACAUUGCACUUUUUACAA